GGGCCAUCGCUCACUCCACCAUCGCCGAGUUUCGCCUUCCACUCUUUUAUAUUGCUCAUCGAAACGCUUGCUCGACAACAUUCUGGUAGCGCUCAGAAUCGGAUCAUUGGAAUGUGUGCAUAUUAGACGGCUGUUGAACGUCCUGCUCGCCCGCUUGAGCGAACCUCGACCGGCGUGAUUUCAGCCCCCCCCCUCAUAGCCUAGAUCUGCUUUGGUCUGCCCUUGAGUUGAGAGUCUGUGAUAUAGACCUCCUCUUGAGGCCGCAGGACUCAGGGCUGCUCCGGCUCUGAUCAAUCUCCUUUCUCCGAACCUUCACCCGAGACCCCAUGUCCGAUCGCGCCUCCUCGGCGUCAUUCCGGUUAGGGCCUCCUUCGCCAUCGUCUCCCGCCGCUGGGUCUCUAAAAGCAAACCACCCUUCCUAUACCUCAACCGAACACACUCCACAAACCCCGACAUCUCCUCCGUUGAUGUCGGUAAGCGCUCAGAACUAUGCCUCCAAUUUCGCAUCCUCGCAAACAUCACCUGGCCAGGCAACGUCACAACCUGCAAACCUCUCCUCGCCACCUUCUUCCGUGCCGAUGUCUACUCAAGUCUCACAGCAACCAACAGUAGGUACAACAAAUUCGUUUCCGACACCGGCUAGCAGUGUGAACGGUCACUUCACCGGGGCAACGCCCGUUGAUGAUAGCGAACAGACAGAGAAAUCAUUCGGGCCGGAAAUGGGGGCGACUUCCACAGCAGAUAUGAAUGCGCCCAUUCAACAGACAGAACACAGACGGACAGACCAUGAUCGGCAGUCGGAAGGUCCAAGUGCGCAAAGCGGAGUCCGCGAUUUUGGGGUCACGGGCGAUCAGAAUAUGUUGAACCAUGGCGAUGCCAUGGAUAUCGACAAGGGAACGGCGGAUCUAUCUAAUUAUGAAUCAAGUCUAGAAUCUCUGCAAAAAGAGUUUACGUCGGCCUUCCAUCUUUGCAAAAGCUCCCAUAUUGCGACUGGUCCGGACCCGUCGUAUGAUCUUGUUUCCUUGUACGGGCUUGGUCCGGUUGCGAAAUCGGUUGCAAGGAUGGAUCCAGUAACUGGGGAGAAGAUCAACAGACUACGAAAGUCGUACGAAGGCAAACUGAAAGGCCUAGGCUUAGCUGGGAGAAACAAACCUGUGAAACAUGAACCCGGUAUGGCCGGUGGGCUGAGGCAAAUGACGAUGUGGCCGGAAGAAGAGUGGCAAAAUCAGAAGGUGUUCGGAAAAGAGAUCAAGGUUGCUGAUAUGGAUUCAGCGUUGCAUAACCUUCAGAUGAGAGCCAUGAAAAUGGAGCCGGGCACAGUCACGAACAACGAUUAUUGGGAAGAUAUCCUUGGUCACGAAAAACAGUCGAAACAUGCCGGAAGUGGGGAUGGUAGCAAAAAGGCUGCGACACCUUCCAAUGGCGCACGAGUGCCCAGUCAAGCGAAUGGGACACCCACUGCAGCUGAGCCAGAGCGGUCUCGGCCCAGUCGGGGACGCAAGAGACAUUACGAUGAUAAUAGCUUUGUUGGCUACGGCGAAGGCUACGUAGACGACGAUGAUGAUGGCGCAUUUUAUUCCAAUAGCGAAGGGAUUAGCAAGAAGAAACGGAAGAAGGAUCAUGUGUCGAAGAUAUCAACUCCUCUGCCCGAAAGAGGUGGAAGUUACGGGGUCGGUAUGUACGGCAUUGGGGCCAGGUAACCGAUGAAAAUUUGGUAGACCAAAAGCAAGUUGCGCUUUGCCCUAUUUUUCUUCCCUUUUUCUUUUUUCUUUUUUUUUUUUUUUU